AAGAACCAUUAGAUAUAGCCUUUUUUUGCCUUUGCUCUUUGCAAGAAGUUACCAUCCCUUAUCUUUUCCCCCCCUCUUUUUUCUACUUUUCUUUUUUCUUUAUAUUUCCAUCUCCUCUUCUCUCCAAAACCCCACUUUAUUCUCCCUCCAACCCAACCCUAAAUACACCCCUUCUCUUUGUGUUUACAAACAUUCAUACCAUAUAAUUUUAGUGUAACUCCAUCUACAAACAUCCAUCUCUUCACGUACAAAAAAAAAUUGAAGAUUGCUCAAUUUAUGUUAUAGAUCAAGAAAUGAUGGCAUCUCCAUCCGAACUUAGCUUCGACACGAAACCCCAAAUCUACUCCAUGCUCCCAAAAUCCUUAGGAGAUGAAGCAAGCAACCACACACAGAAGCUCGAAGACUUCCUCAGCCGGCUGGAGGAAGAGCGCCUCAAGAUCGACGCCUUCAAGCGCGAGCUCCCCCUCUGUAUGCAACUCCUCGCCAACGCAAUGGAGGCGUCGCGGCAGCAGCUGCAGUCGGAGAAGGCCAGCCAAGGCGGAGGCGGAAGGCCGGUGCUGGAAGAGUUCAUUCCUCUGAAGAAAUCGAAUUCAUCCAAGGCUGAGAUGGGCGAAGAUAAAGCUAACUGGAUGACAUCUGCGCAGCUAUGGAAUGAGGGGGCCAAGGGCCCCCAGUCUCCAUUGGCGACGUCGUCGCCUCAAGAGACAGAGAUCAAGCUUGCCUUGAAUUGCAAGCAGAGAGCGAACGGGAGCGGCGGUUUGCUCCCGUUUUCGCCCCCGGGUGAGGCGUAUCCGGAGCUAGCCCUCGCCUCGUCCCACAAGGAGGAGAUGGACGAGAAGAGGAGCUCUUCGGAGACGAAGAGGGACAGCGUGGACAAGGAGCAGGCGACGAAUGGUGCGCAGACUCACCGGAAGGCGAGGAGGUGCUGGUCGCCGGAUUUGCACCGCCGCUUUGUUAAUGCGCUCCACAUGUUGGGUGGCUCACAAGUAGCUACUCCCAAACAAAUAAGAGAACUGAUGAAGGUGGAUGGCUUGACCAAUGAUGAAGUUAAAAGUCAUUUGCAGAAAUACAGACUGCACACACGAAGGCCGAGCCCGAGCCCACAAGCGGCGGUGACAGCGGCCCCUCAGGUGGUGGUCCUAGGGGGCAUAUGGGUCCCACAGGAGUACGGAGGGGCACAGGCCGCCCUCUACGGAGCCGCCCCAUUCAACGCGCCCAUGCAGCAAGACAUGUACCCGGCCAUAGCGCCGCCACACGCCGCCGCAAUCCAGCACCAGCAUCUGCAGUUGUACAACAAGCCGCCUCCCGUGACGCAGAGGAACAGCUCUCCCGGCAGCGGAGGAGACCCGUCUGAGAGCAUCGAGGACGGGAAGUCGGAGAGUGGGAGCUGGAAGGCGGACAGCGGCGGGGAUAACAGCGGAGAGAGGAGGAGAGUGGACGGAGAAGAGAGUAAUGCAAGUGUUGUUAGUCUCAAGUUCUGAUUAUUGAUCGAAUAUUUUAUUUAACCGUGAUUUAGCUAGCCCAAUGAUCGAAAUUUUUUAGGUUUAGAUUUUUUUUGGAUGUUCAAGUCCAUAAGUUUGACAGGUGUUGUUGUGUUUUGAAGUUGGAAGUUGGAACCCUUAAUUUAUUAGUAUAUGCUUCUAAAUAAUGAAAUGUAAUUUCAACUUUUGCUCUAUUCAA